CCGGAGGGCGGUCUUUGCGGAGACUUGCCCUACGUACGCCGCGGCAUGACGUAAUACGUAGGGGCUGGCUAGCCGCCAUCUUGCUUCUUUUUCUCGCUCGCUCUCACCGUCUCGGGAAGCAGCGAAAGUGCUUUGGCGGUUUGUCCGUCCGCAGCUGCGGCUUCUCCCAGUCCGGUGGCCCUUCAGCCGCCCCCACCCUUGGCCUCCUCUCCCCCUUUCCUCGGAUCAGGGUUCGGCGGAGACCCUCGAAGUGCGCGCACACACACUCAGCCUGACACCCUGGCCGACUGGUUUUAAGGGGUGUGACAAGAGGUUUCGGACUCGAUGAGUCUCCACCGAAAUGUCGGAGAAGUCAGGCCAGAGCACAAAAGCAAAGGAUGGGAAAAAGUAUGCAACACUCAGUUUAUUUAAUACUUACAAGGGUAAAUCAUUAGAGACACAGAAAACCACAGUUGCAGCUCGACAUGGAUUACAGAGUCUUGGAAAAGUUGGUAUUUCCCGGCGAAUGCCUCCACCUGCUAACCUGCCAAGUCUCAAAGCCGAAAACAAAGGCAACGAUCCGAAUGUGAACAUUGUCCCUAAAGACGGCACAGGCUGGGCGUCCAAGCAAGAGCAACACGAGGAGGAAAAAGCACCAGAAGUUCCACCAGCACAGCCGAAACCUGGAGUGGCACCUCCCCCAGAAGUAGCACCUGCUCCCAAAUCCUGGGCCAGUAACAAGCCAGGUGGGCAAGGAGAUGGAAUCCAGGUGAAUAGUCAUUUUCAGCAAGAAUUUCCCAGCCUGCAGGCAGCUGGGGAUCAGGAAAAAAAAGAAAAAGAAGGAAAUGAUGACAACUAUGGACCUGGACCCAGUCUACGCCCACCAAAUGUUGCUUGUUGGAGAGAUGGCGGUAAGUCUGCUGGCUCACCCUUAACAUCUGACCAAGAUGAAAAGCUUCCUGCCCAGGAGGAAAGCACAGCUGGGUCGUCAGAGCAAAAUGACAUCCUCAAAGUGGUGGAGAAGAGAAUAGCCUGUGGCCCUCCUCAGGCGAAGCUGAACGGCCAGCAGCCUGCCCUCACUGCCCAGUACAGAGCUAUGAUGCCCCCUUACAUGUUUCAGCAGUAUCCGAGGAUGGCGUAUCCUCCUCUUCAUGGUCCCAUGAGGUUUCCACCUUCUUUGUCUGAAGCAAACAAAGGCCCUCGAGGAAGAGGCCCGCCUCCUUCCUGGACCCCUGAGCCUGAACGCCCCUCCAUCCUUAGUGCAUCAGAACUGAAGGAGCUUGAUAAGUUUGAUAACCUAGAUGCAGAAGCUGAUGAAGGUUGGGCAGGUGCCCAGAUGGAAGUAGAUUAUACAGAACAGCUGAAUUUCAGUGAUGAUGAUGAGCAAGGGAGCGGCAGUCCUAAAGAAAACACCGGUGAGGAUCAAGGUUCAAAAGCCUCUGAAAACACUGAAACCCAAAAAGAAGCAGAUGAAGUGUGCAACAGUAAAUCAUCUCAGAUACCUGCCCAGCCCUCUGUAGCGAAAGUUCCCUAUGGGAAAGGAGCGCCGUUUAAUCAGGAACGUGGGCCGUCUUCACACCUGCCACCACCUCCAAAGUUGCUGGCACAGCAGCAUCCGCCCCCUCCUCCAGACAGACAGGCAGUACCUGGAAGACCAGGCCCUUUUCCCCCCAAGCAGCAAGUACCUGAUGAGGAUGAAAUAUGGAAGCAAAGAAGAAGACAGCAGUCAGAGCUGUCGGCGGCGGUCGAACGUGCUCGUAAACGGCGUGAAGAGGAAGAGCGAAGAAUGGAAGAACAGAGGAAGGCAGCCUGUGCCGAGAAGCUGAAACGGUUAAACGAAAAGCUCGGCAUAGUGGACAAGCAGCCAUCGCCAGAAGAAAUUAGAGAAAGGGAGCGAGAAAAAGAACGGGAGCGGGAGAAAGAACUUGAAAAAGAACAAGAACGGGAGCGGGAGAAGGAGCGGGAGAAAGAAAGGGAAAGGCAACAGGAGAAGGAGAAAGAACUAGAAAGAGAGCAGGAAAAACUAAGAGAAAUGGAGAAGGAAAGAAAGCAAGAGAAAGAGAAAGAACUAGAACAGCAGCAGGAAAAAGAAAAAGAGCUAGAACUGCAAAAGACAAAAGAACAGGAAAAGGAGUGUGAGUUGGAGAAGAAAGAAAAGGAGAAAGUGGAGGAAAAAAUCGAACCUAAAGAACCUGCUUUGGAGCCUAUGGUAGAAAAAUCAGAAAGUGAAAACGGCGGAAAUAAAGAGGAUGACCCAGUUUUCACUAGACAAGACAGUAAUCGCAGCGAAAAAGAGACCUCGCAGGUGGCGCAUGAGGCAGAACCGGAGUCAGGGUCUCAGCCUCGGCCCGCUGUUAUAUCUGGCUAUUUUAAACAGUUCCAGAAGUCUUUGCCACCACGAUUCCAGCGGCAGCAGGAGCAGAUGAAGCAGCAGCAGUGGCAGCAGCAGCAGCAGCAGCAGGGUGCACUUCCCCAGACAGUCCCGUCCCAGCCGUCCGGGGGUGCCGUCCCUCCUCCACCGCACAGGCCUCUCUACCAGCCCAUGCAGCCCCACCCGCAGCAUUUGGCGUCCAUGGGCUUUGACCCCAGGUGGCUCAUGAUGCAGUCGUACAUGGACCCUAGGAUGAUGUCAGGCAGACCUGCUAUGGAUAUACCUCCCAUUCAUCCUGGAAUGAUUCCUCCUAAGCCACUGAUGAGAAGAGACCAGAUGGAAGGGUCACCCAACGGUUCUGAGCCAUUUGAGCACAUAGCUCGAUCUGCAAGAGAUCAUGCACUUUCCCUCUCUGAGCCUCGUAUGAUGUGGGGGUCCGAUCCUUAUCCUCAUACGGAGCCGCAGCAGGCCGCUACUCCUAAGGCAGCAGGAGAGCUUGAGGGCGCGAGGCCUGAAGCCCCAUUGGAUCAGGAACCGAUUACUGCUGCUUAUCCUGUAGAACACAGUCCAUUAGAGGCUCAUCCAAAAGCAGACUUUGUUAGAGAAGCCAGUGAAACCGAAGCACAAAAGUUUUUAAGCAGAUCCGUGGAAGACGUUAGACCCCACCACACUGACACAAACAAGCAGCCUGUUUGUUUUGAUGGACCUGAUCAGAAGGCUGCACCCACUCCUCAGGAAGAGCGGGUUUCCGCCGGAGAAAGUCAGCCUGCCCGGAAGAGGAGCGUUUCCCAUGGACCGAGCCACACGCAGAAAGCAGAGGAGCAGAGAAACGAGCCGUCUGCUAACGUUCCCAAAGGAACCAGCAGGUGCAUGGAUGCAAAAGAACCAGCAGAAAGGCCAGAGGACAAACCCAAAAAGGAUGGCUUUCUACGAUCUGAAGGACCAAAGCCAGAAAAACUGUAUAAAUCUAAAUCAGAAACCCGCUGGGGCCCAAGGCCAAGUUCCAGCAGAAGAGACGAUGGUAGUGAUAGGCCUGUGAGGAGAUCGGGUCCCAUUAAAAAACCUGUACUUAGAGAUAUGAAGGAGGAGCGAGAGCAGAGGAAGGAGAAGGAAGGAGAGAAGGGGGAAAAGGUCAUUGAAAAAGUGGUAAAACCUGAAAAACCAGAAAAGAAAGAUCCUGUUCCCCCACCCCCACCUCCAGCAGCAACGAUCCCGCCCCAGUCGGGUCUACCACCACCUCAGCCAGAGCCAGAGAAAGUUCCUUUGCCAGAAACUCCAAACUUGGCGCAAAAGCCACCUCAAGAGGCUGAGAAGCCCUCAGAAGCUGUAAGUAGCGCUGAGGUAGAGCCUACAGCUAAAACGGUAAACCAGCCAACUGUCAUCACUCCAGCAGUCAAAGAAGAGAAACAGCCGGAGAAAGUCAUCAGCAAAGACCUUAUUACAGAGCGACCUCGACCAGAGUCAAGGCCAGUGAUUAGAAAAGAACCAUCUUUACCCCCCAGGACCUAUUGGAAAGAAGCUCGAGAUAGAGACUGGUUUCCAGAUCAAGGAUACCGAGGCCGAGGCCGAGGUGAGUACUACUCCAGAGGCCGAAGCUACAGGGGCUCGUACGGCGGGCGCGGCCGAGGCGGUCGAGGCCAUGCGCGAGAUUACCCUCAGUACAGAGACAACAAACCACGCACAGAGCACGUGCCUGCAGGACCCCUGAGACAGCGAGAAGAAAGUGAGACGCGAAGUGAGAGCUCUGAUUUUGAGGUUGUUCCCAAACGAAGGCGACAGCGUGGCUCAGAGACUGACACGGACAGUGAAAUCCAUGAAAGUGCAAGUGACAAGGACAGUCUGAGCAAAGGCAAACUUCCCAAAAGAGAGGAACGGCCUGAAAACAAAAAACCUGUAAAGCCUCAAUCAUCUUUCAAGCCUGAAAAUCAUGUCCGAAUAGAUCACAGACCUCUAGAAAAACCUUAUGUAAGGGAUGAUGAUAAACCCAAACCAGGAUUCCUUCCUAAAGGAGAGCCCACAAGGCGAGGCAGAGGGGGCACGUUCAGGCGCGGCGGCAGGGACCCCGGGGGCCGCCCAUCGCGUCCGUCCACCUUGCGGAGACCUGCCUAUCGGGACAAUCAAUGGAACCCCAGGCAGCCGGAAGUUCCUAAACUAGACGAUGCAGAACCACCAAGGAGACAUGAGCAGUUUGUUCCUAUGCCCACAGAUAAACGACCUCCAAAGUUUGAGCGAAAAUUUGACCCUGCUAGAGAGAGGCCCCGGAGGCAGCGACCUACCCGACCACCCAGGCAAGAUAAGCCUCCUCGAUUUAGACGGCUCAGAGAGAGGGAGGCGGCUUCCAAAACCACUGAGGUGGCAGUGCCCGCCAACGGCACAGUGAACACUGCAGUUCAGGAGCCAGUUAAUACUGCCGGGGAGGUUUCUGGGAAUAAGACGCCUGACUUAUCGAAUCAGAACUCUUCAGAUCAGGCAAAUGAAGAAUGGGAAACAGCUUCUGAAAGCAGCGAUUUCAAUGAGAGGCGGGAGAGGGAUGAGAAAAAAAAUGCUGAUUUGAAUGCACAAGCUGUUGUAAAGGCCGGAGAGAAUGUUUCACCCCCAAAACGAGAAGUAGCGAAGAGAAGUUUUUCUAGUCAAAGACCUGGCGUCGACCGCCAGAAUCGGCGCGGCAACAGCGGUCCCCCCAAAUCCGGAAGGAAUUUCUCAGGUCCCAGGAAUGAAAGGAGAAGUGGACCGCCAUCAAAAAGUGGGAAGCGAGGGCCGUUUGAUGACCAGUCUGCAGGUCCAGCUGGCGUUGACCCGGCCAGUGGCAGCUGUGCACAUCACCCGGAAGGGGCAGCCAAUGGCACGGUGCAGAAGAACAGCAAAGACCCCGCGGGGAAGAAGAGGGAAGAGCCCAAGCCAGGCCCUAAAAAGCCCAAAGAAAAAGCAGACGCGCUGUCACAGUUUGAUCUCAACAAUUACGCAAGUGUUGUUAUAAUUGAUGACCAUCCUGAAGUAACAGUAGUUGAAGACCCACAGUCAAAUUUGAAUGAUGAUGGUUUUACUGAAGUGGUAUCCAAAAAACAACAAAAACGUUUACAGGACGAGGAGCGCCGAAAGAAGGAAGAACAGAUCAUCCAGGUCUGGAACAAAAAGAACGCAAAUGAAAAAGGAAGAAGUCAGACUUCUAAGCUUCCCCCAAGAUUUGCUAAAAAGCAGGCCACAGGGACCCAGCAAGCACAGUCUCCUUCUCCAGCGCUGGCCUCAGCUCCAAGUCCAGCCUCAGCCUCAGCCACAGCUCCAGUUCCAUCCUCAACCCCGGCUCCAGGUCCGGCCUCACCCUCAGCUGUAGUUCCGGCCUUAGCCGCAGCUCCUGUCCUAACCUCAGCCUCCACUCCACUCCCACCAUCAGCCUCAGCUCCAGUUCCAGCCUCCACCUCAGCCACAGCUAUAGCCACAGCCCCUUCCUCAGUUCCAGCUCCAACCCCCAUCCUUGCCUCGGCUUCCACCCCAGCCUCUGUCCCCAUUCUUGCCUCAGCUUCCACCCCAGCCUCUGUCCCCAUCCUUGCUUCAGCCUCAAUUCCCAUUCUUGCUUCAGCUCUAGCACCAGCUUCACCUCCAGCUCCAGUCAGCUCAGCCCCAACUGCCCCAGCCAGUUCAACCCCAACUGUCCCAGCCAAUUCAGCCCCAACCCCAACCCCUGCCCCCGCGCCAGCCCUAGUCACCGGCCCAGGCCCAGGCCCCGCUGCCCCAGCCCAAACUCAGGGACAGACUCACAAACCAGCCCAGAAUCCCCUACAGACUACAGCACAGUCUUCCAAACAGCCACCACCUUCAAUCAGACUGCCUUCAGCUCAGACACCCAAUGGCACAGAUUAUGUCGCCCCAGGAAAACCCAUCCAGCCCUCACAGUCACAUAGCACUCUUACAACUGAAUUAUGGGAUAGCAAGGUGGCCCCGCCAGCUGUGCUGAAUGACAUCUCUAAGAAAUUAGGUCCCAUUAGCCCACCACAGCCGCCGUCAGUCAGUGCCUGGAAUAAGCCUCUCACGUCCUUCGGAUCAGCUGCUCCGUCCGAGGGAACCAAGAAUGGGCAAGAAAGCGGAGUUGAAAUUGGAAUUGAUACAAUUCAGUUUGGUGCUCCAGCUUCAAACGGGAAUGAAAAUGAAAUUGUUCCUGUGCUUUCGGAAAAAACUACUGACAAAAUACCUGAACCAAAAGAACAGCGGCAGAAGCAGCCACGGGCUGGCCCGAUCAAAGCCCAGAAGCUCCCAGAUUUGAGUCCAGUAGAAAACAAAGAACAUAAACCUGGUCCUAUUGGAAAGGAGCGCUCAUUAAAGAAUAGAAAAGUGAAAGAUGCACAACAGGUGGAGCCAGAAGGACAAGAGAAGCCCAGCCCUGCUGUGGUCAGAAGUGCGGAUCCGGUGACGACGAAGGACACCAAGGCAGCGUCGGAAAUGUCUGGUGACCUCGGAGCCAUGAUCUCAGUGCCGUCAGCGGAGUACGGCGCGGGUGUGAAGGAGUCUGUAACAGACUAUACUACACCUUCCUCUUCUCUGCCUAACACUGUGGCUACUAAUAAUGCAAAGAUGGAGGAUACUUUGGUUAACAAUGUGCCCCUGCCCAACACCCUUCCCCUCCCUAAGAGGGAGACUGUACCACAGAGCUCCAGCCUCACUUCAGUUCCUCCCACUACUUUCAGCCUCACCUUCAAGAUGGAGUCUGCCCGUAAGGCAUGGGAGAAUUCUCCAAAUGUGAGGGAAAAGGGAUCUCCAGUCACUUCCGCGGCCCCUCCAAUCGCAAGUGGUGUCCCCAGCAGUGCCAGUGGGCCGAGCCCCGCCAGCUACAGCUCAUUCUCCAGCGCGCCUGUACCUCAGAUCCCUGUCGCCUCGGUCACGCCCACCACAUCGCUGUCAGGCGCUGGUACCUACACUACCUCUUCUCUGAGUACCAAAUCUACAACCACGUCAGACCCUCCUAAUAUUUGCAAAGUGAAGCCCCAACAGUUACAGACAAGUAGCCUGCCUUCUGCGAGUCACUUUUCGCAGCUGAGCUGUAUGCCUUCCCUGAUCGCCCAGCAGCAACAGAGCCCGCAGGUCUACGUGUCUCAGUCCACAGCAGCUCAAAUCCCAGCUUUCUACAUGGACACAAGUCAUUUAUUCAGUACCCAGCAUGCACGAUUGGCCCCACCAUCAUUGGCUCAGCAACAAGGCUUCCAGCCAGGUCUUUCUCAGCCCACCUCCGUCCAGCAGAUUCCCAUCCCUAUUUACGCGCCCCUCCAAGGACAGCAUCAAGCCCAGCUGAGCCUGGGUGCGGGGCCCGCUGUUUCACAGGCCCAGGAACUGUUCAGUUCUUCCCUUCAGCCGUACAGAUCUCAGCCAGCCUUUAUGCAAAGCAGCCUAUCCCAGCCAUCGGUGGUCCUUUCUGGGACUGCCAUCCACAAUUUCCCAGCGGUCCAACACCAGGAACUUGCCAAGGCACAGUCGGGUCUUGCCUUUCAACAGACUUCAAAUACUCAGCCUAUUCCCAUAUUGUAUGAACAUCAGCUGGGCCAGGCGUCAGGCCUGGGAGGGUCCCAGCUGAUCGAUACGCAUCUCCUCCAGGCUAGAGCAAAUCUUACCCAGGCUUCAAACCUUUAUUCUGGACAAGUACAACAGCCUGGUCAGACCAAUUUUUAUAACACUGCCCAGUCACCGAGUACUCUCCAGCAGGUAAACUAUGGCAUGGUCACGGUUCCUCUACCAGCAUCCCAGCUCUCCUUGCCUAAUUUCGGAUCCACGGGGCAGCCUUUAAUUGCUCUGCCUCAGACUCUUCAGCCCCCGUUACAGCACACCACCCCCCAGGCACAGGCCCAGAGCCUGAGUCGCCCUGCACAAGUCAGCCAACCUUUCAGGGGGCUGAUCCCCGCUGGAACACAGCACAGCAUGAUCACAACCACGGGAAAAAUGUCUGAAAUGGAACUGAAAGCCUUCGGAAGUGGCAUUGACAUUAAGCCAGGCACCCCUCCCAUCAGCGGUCGAAGCACCACACCGACAUCCAGUCCCUUCCGGGCCACUUCCACAAGUCCGAGCAGCCAGUCCAGCAAAAUGAACAGCCUUGUCUAUCAGAAGCAGUUCCAGUCAGCCCCCGCCACUGUGAGAGUGACACAGCCAUUUCCUGCCCAGUUUGCACCCCAGAUUCUCUCUCAGCCUAACCUGGUCCCUCCAUUGGUAAGAGCCCCACAUACUAACACCUUCCCAGCGCCUGUUCAGAGGCCACCAAUGGCACUGGCCAGUCAGAUGCCUCCUCCGCUGACCACAGGCCUCAUGAGCCAUGCUCGUUUGCCACAUGUAGCCAGGGGUCCUUGUGGAUCACUGUCUGGAGUCAGAGGUAAUCAGGCCCAGGCUGCGCUGAAGGCUGAACAAGACAUGAAGGCAAAGCAGAGAGCAGAGGUUCUUCAGUCCACGCAGCGGUUCUUCUCUGAACAGCAGCAGAGCAAACAGAUAGGAGGCAAAGCCCAGAAAGUGGACAGUGAUUCCAGCAAACCUCCUGACACACUGACCGACACUCCCAGUGUCUGUCAGGACAAAGUAGAAGAAAAGCCACCCCCUGUCCCCACCAUAGCCACCAAACCUGUUAGAACUGGACCGAUCAAACCUCAGGCCAUCAAAACUGAAGAAACAAAAUCUUAAAAGGCUGUGGUUUAUUGCAGGGGGAUGGAGGAGGGGAGGGGGGAGAGAGGAAAAAUGAAGUCAGAUGAUGCCAGCAGCCCAAGGAGUGAACCGGCCCCUGCCCGGAGCCACCCAAGGACCUGGGCGAUUCACACUGACACAGCUGCUGCACUCACUAGUAGGCACAACACGCGCCCUGUCGGUGGCCACACGUCUUCAGUCCAAAUUUAGACACAAACGUGCACACGUUCCUCAGUGGAUAUAACGUAGAACUAAGUCCUUGUGGUUAGAUGAAACAGCAGAAAUGAGAGGAAAAGCGCCGCCGCGAAACAGCUCGGCCUGAACCAGGUGGUCCCGGCUAGCCCAUCAGGUGCGGCUUCUCCGCUCCCCUGUGACUUGUGCAGAUGGCAAUGGCCUUUGUGGGCUUGGUGGUGAAGAGCUGAAGAUGGCUGGUGCUGGAGAGAGGAGCCUUAUUUUUUGAUUCUGGCAGCUUGCUAUUUUUGUAACGUGGUAAUUGAGUUGAACACAAUCAAAGUACAGUACUUGAUCCCCCCUUCUCCCUGGAUGCGUGAGCGGGUGGUGAUGUCAGCAUCCGUGAGCGUCCCCAAGUGGGCAGUGUCGGCUGCUUCCGUGUGAAAUGGUGCCGUGUUCGGCUGUGGCCUGAGGCUUGGACGUGCUGCUCGCGUCUCCUUCCUUCCAUGGAGCUCCGACUGUUCAAAUGGCAGGUUGGGGAACAUAGCGGUUUAGGUGGAGUCCUGCCCGCUUCCGCUCGGUCACUUCUGUAUGACUCCAGUGGGGUUGGUUUUUCUUGUUUGUUUGUUUGUUUUGUCUUUUUUAAACGGUUUUUAGCUGAUAUUCACGAAGAGCAGUGAGUACCUAGAACUGUGCCACCGAUGAAAGGAAACCCUGUCCACGAAGGUGCAUUUCUUCACCAGAGCUGUGUCGUGCCGUCCUUUGGCCCUCUGCUGGAAAAGUAGAAUCAAGUCUGAAAUUACGCCUUUUUAAUUGUAUCCUCUAGUGCUAUAGACGUAGGACAGUACUGUAUCAUACUCUGUGGAUGUCCAGUUCCUGUACCUGCUGUAGGACCCGUUGUAGUGACUGUGCUUCAUCAGAGCUGUUUCUAAUGACAUUAUUCUAGAAUGUUUUCUUUCCAGAUGAUGAUUGAGAAGCUAAUUAAAAAAAAAAAAAAAUUGGUGCCAGGUACCACAACA